UAAGCCAGGAGUACAAGUCAGAGCGAGAAUAUCGCUACCCCCUUCUCCAACGGGAGAGGAGGAUGACAACUACAACAUCUCAAAACAGCCUGAGUAUGGAAAACUCGAGGUAAACUUGGGAGACAUGCUUGAACGUCUUCAGUCCGACUUGGUCGGUUUGAGAGACAGCCUUCGGGGUGAUAUGAGAGACGCCGAACCCCUGCUGACAUCAAGCAUCAACGCUACAAAAGCCGCAAAACCCGAAAGAACUUACGAAGAAUUGGAAGUUACAUUGGUUAAAGGACGCGCCAAAUCUGAAUAUUCCAAACCGGGACGGCCUAAGUUGACCUUCCGCCAGAAGUUUCUUCAAGAGCUGGGUUCUUUGGGCAAAAGCGGGUUUAAAACCGCCCUGCAGCCGGAAGCUAAUCCCUGUGUAAGGUGUCUGUGGAUUUUUCUAUUUACGUGUUGUCUUGGUGCUCUCUGUUUUCAACUUUGGGACCGUGUCUCGCUAUUCACAACCAACCCUACUCAUGUUACGGUAGAUAAGCGAUACAGAGAGGAGCUCGCCUUUCCAGCCGUCACAAUAUGCAGCUUAAACAUGUUCAGAUUAACAAAGAUCGUCAAGUUAAAUCUGUACCCGAUUGCCCAUUCAUUAUUACACAAAGAAGAUACGAACUGGACGGACAAACAGCUGAGUCGAAUCCCUAGCCUUAAUACUAGUUACCUGGACUUUCUUCACGCUGUCGGCCAUCAGAAAACAGAUCUCAUAGAAAGCUGUUCCUGGUAUGGGAAGGAAUGUGGACAAGAAAACUUUACCGAAAUAAUAACAGACUAUGGGUUAUGUUUUGUCUUCCAUCCAAAAUUUGAACAUGGAAUGGUGAAGAGGGCAGGGCAAAAUGCUGGCUUGUCAUUGUUACUCAACGUGGAACACUACGAAUAUCUGUUCGGACGGAAGUCAUCAGUGGGCGUGCGUGUUUCGGUUCACGAACCAGGAGUGCUUCCGGAAGUGGAGGCGAAGGGUGUCAAUGUGCCUGUGGGAUCUUUUACUACACUGAUGAUCCAAAAAGUUACGGAACAUCACAAGUCUUCGACUCUGGCAAAUUGCCAACCCCGCGGCGAUAAGCCAUACAACAGAAGCAUAUGCUUGGCUGACUAUGAAGAAGAUAUGGUGAAAGCUAGAUGUAAAUGUACCACAAGGUCAUCAAGAGAAAAAAGACGAGAUUUCAAAGUUUGUGAUGCCAAGGACUACUUCAAGUGCAUUGUAACGGUGAAGGCCAAACUGAAUGAAAACGAACGUUUUACAACCUGUCCACCGCGAUGUGACUUCACUGACUACGACAUCACGCUAUCCGAGGCAGGUCUACCGGUGUACGCCGCCGAAGGGAGGCUACAGCGGCUGAACAGGGGUGGAAUCCUAGAGAAUAACUUUCAGCAGGCUAGAGACAUCUACCACAGGUCGGACAAAGUUCUCCUCGACCACGAUAUCAAGACGUUGGAUAGGAUCAUUGCAGGGUUUAACUCCACGCAGGCUAAAAUUGCCAACAUGUCCGUCCCUCUUCAGGAUGAUAGCAUGCAAUCCACCAACGCCUUUGAAGAGUUGAAGGAAGCUCUUGAGAUUCUAAACUCAACAAGUCACGUGCACUACGACGCUUUUGUUCAAUUCCGCCACGUUGACUUUUGCCAGGAUACUGUUAUAAAACAUAUCGAGGACAACAUGGAUGACAUUCUGCAGGCCGAGUCCGUCAUAGAGGAUAUUCAGAAACUACAGUUCCGAACGGCAAACGAAUCACUGUGGAAAAUACGACGUAAAGUUGACCGUCUCGUGAGACAGCAUGAGGACUGGUUCGCCACGAAAUACAGCGGUUUCUUUGUGGAAGUUACCAAUGGUAUUGAGCGGUUCCGACAAGAUUUGCUCGUAGGAUAUGGCCAGUCCUACAGCGAGUUCUUAAACUCCCGGGAAUCUUAUCUGGAAAAUGUUACACUUAUGUUGAACCUGACGAAAACAAUUCGUGAUUCGUUACUGGAAAAUUAUCAGUUGAUAUCCAAUAUCACAAGACGUUUUAGUCCCGUUCUCAUAGGGGGUGAUCGACGAAAGCUUUCAGAGGAUCUAACCAAAAAACUGACGGAAUUCUUCCGAGACGUGAAGUAUUUGAAGGAAAAUCCGUUACCUCGACUGUUUAAGAAAAUGAAGGAACUGGAGAAUUCUUACAUUCCAAAAAGAAAUAAAAUUUUAGAAUUGUCCGAAACUUUGGUAAAAAUCGGCCCUUAUUUGAAAAAGAUCGAUCAGGAAUUGAGUGGAUUUUUCACCAGUGUCCGCACGACACUAUCCAAUCUCCAGUCGGCCAUUUUGACACUGAAUCAAACACUGGCUGACUUAACAAGAAAAUACGUCGCCAGUGUUUUCCAGAAGACAGAGUUAGCAGAAGAAAUAAAUGCCGACAGAUUAAAAGCAAAGAUAUCAGCAGCAGAGACGUACUUGCUGGAGCUACGGACCACCGUAUCGGGGCUCUUGGAGACGGGAGGGAAAAUGUUUAAACUUCUCAAGCCUAUAGAUCACAGGCUGAUAGACUUCAAUCUUCUGUCGGUGAAGGCGAAAAACAGUCUCAUAGAGUCGCUGAAGUUCAAAACGCUGGAGCGAAUAGUGGAGGACCUGAACGAGAACGUGGAAGAACAGUUGUCUACCCUGAAUGACCUCCAGACGGAACUGGAUGAUUACCACAGGGGCUCCAGGCUAAAUGGCAAAUUUUACUUGAACAACUUCCUGCAACUGGAGGUUUACUUCCCAGAAUUGGCGGAGACUAUUAUCACGCAUGAAGAAACAUACGGACUGAUAGCUCUGGCAUGCGAUAUCGGAUCAUCGUUGGCCCUAUAUCUGGGUAUAAGUCUGCUCACUAUAUUUGGUCUACUUGACUUAGUGUUACGAUCCUUGUUAGGAAGCGGUUCGGCGCGGCGGUAAGCAAGCUCGGGGGAUUCGGCUCGGUGUAUAUUUUCAGCCAAGGAGAGUACAAAAAGUGGUUAUUUCUUCGUCUCCGUUCCUGUGGUACUGUACUGUUUGAAAUCUACGUCCCUGCUCUCACUCCGAAAAUUCAUCAUAUCUGCCCAAGCCUAAUCGUUCCAAGUAUCUGACCCAUGCGUGUUACCUGGUUUCAUUAGGUUUUAGCUCAGCUCGCGUACCCCUGCAUGGAACCUGUGGAAACGGUUAAUGUCACUGAAACAUGGCUGUGAAUUUUAGGCCAGUAGAGCAUAUAGUAUCCACGAAUGCUUACUUGUGUGUGGAGUUUGUGGUGAAAAACUAUUGUGGUACGAGAAAAUACACAAACUGUUUCCAAAAGAUUUUGGAGGUGUUUCGAUACAACUCACUGCAGAUCAAGACUUUGUGGGGUAUAGAGCAGUCCAACCAUUAGACGAUCGGGAAAUUGUACGUCUCACGACUGGACCGUCAGUGGGAUUUGUGGGACAGGGGGGAUAACUUUUCCAAUGGGCAAGUCAAGGGGAAUAAUCUGCACAGUGCAGUGAGGUGUCAAGUAAAACAACCCACGAUAUAUGUAUUUCAGUGAAAUCGAUGUAACUGUAUCUCAACUUGAUACGUUGUACUGUACACAUUUUUGUGGGGAAACAUUUUAUAAAUGAUAUGAAGACUGUUUCGUGUGGUACAACAGAACACAGAGCUGUGUAGGUUGACAUUAUGGACUCUUCAGUGGCAAAUCAGGAUUGGCGUGAUAUUGUGUCUGCUCUGAGAAAAAACGUCUUGAACUGAAGUGGACAAAUAUGUCUGAUUGUGACGUCUGUAAUGGUAACAAUUGUGAACUUCAAAUAAGUAAAGAAAUGUGACAAUGUUUGUCGUAUUGCACAACCAAAGUGCAAAAUACGUUUGUUCUCCAGAAACUACCAUUAAGGCUUAUUUUUCACAUUGUCAAAGUGAGAAGACAAACAAGUAAUUUUGUUAGAAGUUUAAGGCGCAAAUAAAAUAAGACAAGGUUUUGGUUUUGGGUAAGACCGAUACGACUCUUUAGGUUGCUUUAAUAUCCGUGUUUAUGAACUGAGAGCAGAAAUGGUGUAUUAUUUGCCUCUUUGCAAAUGCAAUACAGGACAAUGGAAGCAAUGUUUUCUCUUCAGGGAGAGAACAGAAUUAAUCUUAUCGUAAAAGGAGUCAACUGUGUGAAGGAUAAGCCAACUGGGACACGAACUGCUAAGCUGUAAUAAUAAACAAAUGUUUUCAAGAUAACUGGGAUAAUGUAUAUACGGGGAGUUUGGUGUGGUGUAUUUUGGCUUAACCAAUACAAGCUGUACACUUUUACUCGCAAUGCAUAGUCAAACGUACGCUUGGUGUGAAUACGGAGCCAAAAUAAAAUGUGGCUGAUUAACCUGUAAUUUUAAAAUAUUGUAAAUAGUUUACCAGAUAUACCCUCCUCAGAAUUUUUAAAGACCUUUUAAGAGUAUGGUUUAGCGUGACACCCCAAAUUAUCUGCAAGGCAUGUUCUUUUUCUGUGUUCCAAGUCUACCUUGGGACAACAUACACGCAUAGGUAUACUAAGACGAUGCUUCUGGUUAUCCUUGCUGUAUCCAAUAGUAGGGAAUUAAGCAUCUUUAUUUUGGGUUCCUCUCUCGAUUUAUUUUGGAUGUCAACAUUGACUGUAAACCUGGAACGUAAACCAGGCUCCAUUGUAAAUAACCCACGUGUAGAAAUUUUAUUUUAUAUUUUCGCUGAGCUCAUGUUUGUACGAAAGAUGUGUGGAAGUUGUAAAUAUGGAUGCCUGAUGAAUUCGGGCGCAGUAAAAUGAGGUAUUUAUAAGGGCAUUUAUCAGGACGCCUGUAUAUUAGAUGUAGCGAUAUCAUAAACAGGGCUUCUUUUUUUUGUAUAUGUAUAUUGUACGAAACACAAUCCGUUUAUGAGUGUUCAGAAUGUACUUCAUCCUUAUAUGCCUGAAUAAAGUAUAAACUG